UUCCUUGUCAUGAGGGCAACAUUGCACAAUUAGGGGCGCCAUUUGAGCAAUUUACUGAGUUUCCUUGCAUAUAUAAUAAGCUUCUUCUUGACUCUUUCACAUGAAAAUCUAACCUUCGAUCUGGGAAAAAAAAGAAAAAUAUGAGGUUCCAUAAUUUCUUACUAGUUAUCUACUUCAUUUCGCUAGCCCUAGCUCACAUUUCACAAGCACAAAACUCCCACCAAGACUAUGUGACCGCACACAACGCAGUUCGUGCUCAAGUAGGGGUCGGUCCGGUUACUUGGAACUACACGGUGGCUGCUUAUGCUCAAGAUUAUGCCAAUCAAAGACAAGGAGACUGCAACUUGGAUCAUUCGAUGGGGCCUUACGGUGAGAACUUGGCAGAAGGUUAUGGCAAUCUUAAUGGAGUGGACGCUGUAAAGAUGUGGGUUAGCGAGAAGCCUAACUAUGAUUAUGCAUCAAAUUCUUGCGUUGGCGAUGAGUGCUUGCAUUACACUCAGGUUGUUUGGCGAAAAUCGACUCAGCUUGGUUGUGGGAGGGUGAAAUGCCAGAAUGGAUGGCUGUUUGUCAUAUGCAGUUAUUAUCCUGUGGGGAAUAUUGAAGGUGAACGUCCUUAUUGAGGCAUAUAGAGCAGAAAUUUAUGUUUAUGUGAUAAAGUAUGUUAAAUUAGAAUAAUUGUUGUUUAUGUAUGUGUGCGGGGGAGGAUCCAAGAGAGAUUAAUCAACAUGGGAAAGGAAAAAAGGGAUAAUGAUAUGCUGUUCCUUAUUU